AUGUAAAUUCGUUAACCAACACGAUACCCAAUAGUACCUCAAAUCUAAAAUUUAAACUAAUACGGUCCUUUUGUCUCACCUACAUAAAGGACAUCUUAAAUUUAAAGAAUUGGAACUCCAAAUACAUUACGUUUUGAUUACUAGAGAUUAAGAAAUACUUAAUCAAUGCAACAAUAUCCAAUAAUCAAACAAACUUCAGUGGUCACUCCAUAAAAAGCUGCCACUAAAAAACCUCAUAUCAAAAUGCCUUAAUCUGGAUAAACUGUUUCACAAUCAUAGACACCCUCUUAUGAUCCUGCCCUUAUGGUUGGACUUAUCAAAGAGAAUCAAGAAAUCAAAGCAAAAAUUGCUUAGAAAGAGAAAGAGCUUUAAUUACUUAAUGAAGAAAUUGCUUUGUAUGAAUAAAAAUCAUGA